AUGAGGAGUCUGUACCAGUCACCAAGAGUCUGUACCAGUCAUGAGGAGUCUGUACCAGUCACCGAGAGUCUGUACCGGUCACCGAGAGUCUGUACCGGUCAUGAGGAGUCUGUACCAGUCAUAAGGAGUCUGUACCAGUCACCGAGAGUCUGUACCAGUCAUGAGGAGUCUGUACCAGUCACCGAGAGUCUGUACCGGUCACCGAGAGUCUGUACCGGUCAUGAGGAGUCUGUACCAGUCAUGAGGAGUCUGUACCAGUCACCGAGAGUCUGUACCAGUCAUGAGGAGUCUGUACCAGUCACCGAGAGUCUGUACCGGUCACCGAGAGUCUAUACCGGUCACCGAGAGUCUGUACCGGUCAUGAGGAGUUUGUACCAGUCACCGAGAGUCUGUACCAGUUAUGAGGAGUCUGUACCAGUCACCGAGAGUCUGUACCGGUCACCGAGAGUCUGUACCGGUCAUGAGGAGUCUGUACCAGUCACCGAGAGUCUGUACCGGUCACCGAGAGUCUGUACCAGUCAUGAGGAGUCUGUACCAGUCACCGAGAGUCUGUACCGGUCACCGAGAGUCUGUACCGGUCACCGAGAGUCUGUACCGGUCAUGAGGAGUCUGUACCAGUCAUGA